AUGGCAGCCCCCGUAAACGAAGAAAUUCAACGAUUAUGCUACCAUAAUAUUCGGCCAGUGAUAUUUCAUGGCUAUGUAGCACCUUUUAUUUUGAUUUACUCUGCUUGGUUAUAUACGUGGACAUUUGCUUAUGGUGUAGAUGACUAUUUUGAAGGAGGUUUGAUAGCUUUUGCGAUCAUAGCUUUAUUUCAAGUUCUGACUUCACUGUUUUGUUUAUGGUCAAUUGACGUCCGGUGCGCUUUGACGUGUUCCAAGGUAUCUGAUCCAUUUAAAGCCAGUUGGGUAAAAGUUGUUCCUACACCUAAUAAUGGCUUCACAGAAUUGGUCAAGCUUCACCUCAGUAAGACUGACCAUGGGGAAGAGCUGUGGUUCAAUUUUCAAAAAACAAAAUUUAUUUAUGAUCACGAGGAAAAAAAGACAUUUUUACAAGUUUCUUUCCCGAUCAAUGAAUCAAUGCAGCAUUAUAUGGACUGGAAAGGAUACCAGGAUGAUAAUUCACUCAAAGAAGCAGAAAUUAAAUAUGGAAAAAAUCUCAUGAAGAUGGACAUUCCUCAAUUUGUAGAAUUAUUUAGAGAGAGAGCCACCGCCCCGUUUUUUGUUUUUCAAGUUUUUUGUGUUGGCUUGUGGUGUUUAGAUGAAUAUUGGUAUUACAGUGUGUUUACAUUAUUUAUGUUGAUCGCGUUUGAGGCAACGUUAGUUCAACAACAACUUCGUAACAUGGCCGAAAUAAGAAAAAUGGGAAUACGACCAUAUCUUAUUCAGGUGUAUAGAAAUAAACGAUGGAUUAAGGUGAUGACAGAUGAAUUGGUACCAGGUGACAUUGUGUCUAUAGUAAGAUCACAAGAAGAUCGUAUAGUACCAUGUGAUAUGUUGUUGUUACGUGGACCAUGUAUAAUAGAUGAGUCUAUGUUAACAGGUGAAUCAGUACCUGUUAUGAAGGAAGCUGUGGAGAAUAUAGAUCUAGAUCAUGUUUUAGAUAUAGAAUCAGACGGUAAACUUCAUAUGUUAUUUGGUGGUACGAAGGUAGUUCAACAUACUCCACCUAAUAAAACAGCGCCAGGUUUAAAAGCCGCAGAUAAUGGAUGCAUAGCUUAUGUUUUACGUCAUAGUUUUAACACUUCACAGGGAAAAUUACUGAAAACUAUUUUAUUUGGUGUAAAAAGAAUGACAGCAAACACAGUUGAAACGUUUUUCUUUAUUAUGUUUUUAUUAGUGUUUGCGAUUAUAGCCGCUUCUUACGUCUGGAUUAAAGGUACUGAAGAUCCAAAUCGUAAUCGCUACAAGUUAUUUUUAGAAUGUACAUUAAUUUUAACGUCUGUAGUACCACCAGAAUUACCAAUAGAGUUAUCUCUAGCUGUAAAUACAUCACUGUUAGCUCUAACUAAACUAUAUGUAUAUUGUACCGAACCAUUCCGUAUACCAUUUGCUGGUAAAGUAGAUAUUUGUUGUUUUGAUAAAACAGGGACGUUAACUAGUGAUAACCUGGUGGUAGAGGGCGUUACUGGUCUCAAUGGUGCAGAAAUGAUAGCAGCAACAGAUGUUCCUAUAGCAACAGCACAAGUUAUGGCUUCAUGUCACUCAUUAGUACAGUUAGAUGAUGAACUUGUUGGGGAUCCAUUAGAGAAAGCUACAUUGAAUGCUGUGGAGUGGACUUUAACCAAAGCCGAUUCAGUCAUACCCCAAAAACGAGGUCCACAAGGUUUAAAGAUAUUUCACAGAUUUCAUUUUGCCAGUGCCUUGAAACGUAUGUCUGUUAUUUGUGGUUACACUCCUCUAGGAUCUCAGAAUACAGAAUAUAUGGGCACUGUUAAAGGAGCUCCCGAAACCCUUAAAAAUAUGUUUACCAAUAAACCGGAUGAUUAUGAUCAAGUGUAUCUAGAUAUGGCGAGGAGAGGAGCGCGUGUUUUAGCUUUAGGUUAUAAACAUCUUGGAGCCCUUUCUCAUCCAGAGGUUCGUGAAAUAUCAAGAGAGGAAGUAGAACAUAGUUUAAUAUUCGCUGGUUUUGUUAUCAUUUCCUGUCCAUUAAAAUACGAUUCCAAAUCUUCUGUCAAGGAGAUACAAAAUGCGUCUCAUCACGUUGCUAUGAUAACCGGUGAUAAUCCACUUACUGCCUGCCAUGUUUCUAAAGAAUUAAAAAUAUCAGGAAAAUCUAAAAUCUUGAUCCUUACCUCGCCAAAUUCUCUAGCCAACUCCUGGCACUGGCAGUCUAUAGAUGAUGAAAUUAUCGUACCUGCUGUACCUGUAAAUUUGAGAAAAUCACUUAUUGAUAAAUAUGAUCUCUGUUUGACUGGUGAGGCUUUAAUUUACCUGCAGACUGAACAUCCUAAAUUAUUAAAAACUAUUUUACCCAAUACAAAAAUAUAUGCUCGUGUAGCACCUAAACAAAAGGAAAUUAUUAUAACAUCUUUAAAAUCAUAUGGCUACACAACUUUAAUGUGUGGUGAUGGUACUAAUGAUGUUGGUGCUUUAAAACAUGCACAUGUGGGUGUAGCUUUGUUAGCCAACGCACCAGAAAGAAUGUCAGAUAAACGAAAAAAGAAAGAAAAAUUAGAGGGUACAAGUGUUGACGUAGAAACCAAUAAGAAUGAUAAAUUAACGACAUUAAAUCAACGAGGAACAAAGGGUAUGAGUAAAGCAGCAAAACAACGAGCCGUUGCUAGGGGAGAUAAUCUAGCACCAGCACAGAAAAAAAUAGCAGCCAUGUUAAAAGAGAUGGAGGAAGAAGAAAAAUCACAAGUUGUCCGUUUGGGAGAUGCAAGUGUAGCCUCUCCUUUUACUUCAAAACUAUCAACUGUAGCUAGUGUAUGUAACAUAAUAAAACAGGGACGAUGUACGCUAGUUACUACGUUACAGAUGUUUAAAAUAUUAGCGUUAAAUGCGUUGAUAUUAGCAUACAGUCAGAGUGUCUUAUACCUCGAUGGUAUCAAGUUUAGCGAUGGUCAAGCCACCAUGCAGGGUUUAUUAUUAGCAGGCUGUUUCCUAUUUAUAUCCAGGUCAAAGCCAUUAAAGUCAUUAUCAAAAGAGCGCCCUCUACCUAAUAUAUUUAAUAUUUAUACAAUAUUAACAGUGUUUCUGCAGUUUGCCAUACAUUUUACAAGUUUAGUUUAUCUCGUACAACAAGCUCUAGUCUUUGCUGAUAGAAAAGUUGGAGAACAUAUUGAUCUAGAAGCUAAAUUUAAACCUAGUAUAUUAAACACCACAGUUUAUAUAAUAUCUAUGUCAUUACAAGUAUCUACAUUCGCUGUUAAUUAUCGUGGUGAACCAUUUAUGGAGAGUUUGUGGAAUAAUAAACCAUUAUUAUAUAGUUUAAUGAUAUCGGGUGGAGCCGUGGCCUGUUUAGCCAGUGGUCUUAUACCUGAAUUAGCAGACCAGUUUGAAUUAGUUGCUCUACCUGAAGAUCUACGUAAUAAAGUGUUGAUGACAGUAGCAGGGGAUAUUAUGGCAGCGUUUGUAGUUGAUAGAAUAUGUCGAUUUAUAUUUGGUCGUGGGAAAUUAAGAAAAAGUUAAUAUUUGUUGUUAAAUUAUUUUCUGUCCAUGUUUUCAUUGAUUUACCACUGAAUAUCAAAACCCAAAAAUAAAAUCUUUUUUUUUCUUGUUUAAA